AUGGAGCCGAGGAGCAAGAGAGUCAUCUUUAGCGGCAUUCAGCCAACUGGAGUGAGUUUGAGUGGAGACCAUAGCAUAGCGCACCGCAGCGCAGCGCAGCGCAGCGCUUCCCUAAGCGGAAUACAUAGAGGAGACACGUCUGACCAUCCUUGACACCUCUGCGCAGGUACCUCACGUGAGUCGCAUCAUCCUAUCCCCUCUGUCUAACUCAACCACUCACGACUGCCGCUCAAUGAACGCGCACGUGCUACACCGACAUGGCAUGCCCUCGCAAUCACUCAGCUGGGCAACUACCUCGGCGCGCUACAAAACUGGGUAAAGCUGCAAGAUUCGCAGAGGGCACAAGACGAAAUGUACCUGUCCAUCGUAGGGCUGCACGCCCUUACAGUCCCUCAAAACGCUGCUCGUCUUCGACAAGAAAAGUGGGACAUGCUGGCUGCUAUCCUCGCCAUAGGCAUACAUCCUGACAAGACCGUCGUCUUUUUCCAAGAAGAUGUGAGUGGGCGGGGCGCCACUGGAGGAGUCGGGGGUGGCAUUCGAGGAAAAGCGCGGGUGCUGAGAGCGUGCGUGCGCAAUGCACCCGCCCGCCAUUCGCGCAGAUGCCGCAACAUCUCGAAUUGGCCUGGAUAUUGGCGUGCUGCACAUCCAUGGGAAAGUUGAAUAGGAUGACCACAUGGAAGGUGAGCUGGGUCGAUCGCCGCGUGUGCUCUCUUACGAUUUUAUUUUGGCGUUGCUGAGGCGGGGUGGGGCUGCUGUUUCGGUGCAGGGCAAAUUGGCUGCUCUUCAGAGUGCUUCAGAAAGUGGAGAGGCGAGCAUGCCUGCCAGCGACGCUUCUGCCCUCAACUUGGGACUCUUCUCUUAUCCCGUCUUGCAAGCUGCCGAUAUCUUGCUGUACAAGUGAGUGGGCACGCGCUCAAAUGACGUUGCGGAUGUGUUGCCAUGCGCAAAGAAACUCACCCGCACCGCACCGCACCGCACCGCACCGCACACGUUCACAGAGCGACGCACGUGCCGGUGGGAGAGGAUCAGGUGCAGCAUUUGGAGCUGGCCAGAGAUCUAGCGGAAACGUUCAAUAGGCAACAUGCGAAUGGACAGAGGUAUUUUGCGCCACCAGCACAUCUCAUCAGUGAGUCGGUACGAGCAAAGUCUUGUCUUGUUGUGCCAUCGACUCGUGCAUCUGCUCAUUCCAUCGUCACGCCACGCCACCCACCCGCAUCGUGACGCACCAGCACCGACGAAGCGCGUCUUGUCGCUUCGAGACGCGACGCAGAAAAUGUCCAAAUCAUCGACGGAUCUCAAUUCGCGCAUCUUGCUGACGGACGAGGCAGAGGCGAUUCGCAAGAAGUUAAAGGGAGCAGUGACGGAUUCUGAGCGACGCAUCGCAUUUGAUCCGCAUGCUCGACGAGGCGUUUCCAAUCUUUUGCGCAUCUGUGCGGCAUUGGAUGAGAGCAGGGAUGCGCAUGGCUGGGCUGAAUGGGUGAAUGAGAGAGGAGGGGGGAGCGGAGUGUUGAAGAGGGUGACGGGAGAUGUGGUGCUGGCAAAGAUGGAGGGGGUGCAAAGGGAAAUGAAGAGGAUAAAGGGGGACAAGACUUACUUGGAGAAGGUGGCUAGGCAUGGAGCUGCUAGAGCAAGAGAGAGGGCGGAGAGGACGAUGAGGGAGGUGAGAGAGAUGAUUGGCUUUUAG